UCUCACUCUCCUUUUAUGUUCAACCCCACAGACAUCAGCUUUUGUAUUGUUCAACGAAACGUCACAUACGUUUUCCACGAAUGUCGAUGUCGUGUCUGCGUCAAACCGAAAUUAAACUUCUUGUCGGGCGGAACACAAAGUUUGACUGUUUUUUGAAAGAAAGACACUCCGAGGUCUAGUGUUUAUUUGUUUGCUCAAAGCAAUAAAUAACACAAAACAAAUUCCAUAUCGCAAGGAAAACAGUGUUUCUGACACAAGAAAAGUGAAGUGCACCCCGCCUCUUGUCAUCUAAUUCACCAGAUAUUCAUUGUCACCUACUUCAACAGAAAAGAAAAAAAGAAAAUGAGUACAACAAAUACAGCAGCUGCUCCAGCCACAGUAACCACUGCUCCUGCAUUGAAACUGAAGGGUGUUGUUAAACAGGUUCUUUCCGGCGAUACAGUUGUUAUCCGUGCCAGCAAAGGCGCCCCACCACCAGAGAAACAAAUCACUUUCUCUUAUGUUCUUGCUCCCAAGCUAGCCCGCCGUCCCGGUGCCGGUGGUGAUGAGACCAAGGAUGAACCUUGGGCUUGGGAUUCCCGCGAAUUUUUGCGCCAAAAAUUGAUUGGCAAAGAGGUUAUGUUCUCCUUCGAAAAGCCACCAAACUCGAAUCGUGAAUAUGGUUUUGUGUGGUUGGGCGAUGAGAGUGGUGAAAAUGUUGUCCAAACAAUGGUUAAGGAAGGUCUUGUGACUGUCCGCCGCGAUAGUCGCCCACCAGAGCCCCAAAAGCAAGAAGAUCUACAAAAAUUGAUCGAAUUGGAAGAUCAAGCCAAACAUGCUGGUCGUGGAAAAUGGUCACCAAAUGCUAAUCCCAACGAUCAUGUCCGCCAAAUCAAAUGGACUCAGGACAAUCCUUCCCAAAUUGUUGAGCUGUUCGGCGGCAAACCCGUGAAGGCCAUUAUUGAGCAUGUACGUGAUGGUUCGACUGUGCGUGCCUUCUUGUUGCCUGAUUUCUAUUACAUUACCUUGAUGAUUUCGGGUAUCCGUUGUCCCGGUGUUAAAUUGGACGCUGAGGGUAAACCUGAUUUGAAAAUUAAGGUUCCUUAUGUCGAUGAAGCCCGUUUCUUUGUUGAAACCAGAUUGUUGCAACGCGAAGUACAGAUUCUCUUGGAAUCCGUAAACAAUGCCAACUUCAUUGGUACCAUCCUGCAUCCUAAGGGCAACAUUGCUGAAUCUUUGCUGCGUGAAGGUUUGGCCAAGUGUGUUGACUGGUCAAUGGCCCUAAUGAAAGGAGGUGCCGAUAAACUUCGUGCCGCCGAACGUAUUGCCAAGGAGAAACGCUUGCGUUUGUGGCAAGACUAUAAAUCCAAUGCCCCAACAUUCAACACCAAGGAAAAAGAUUUCACCGGUGUUGUCGUUGAAGUAUUCAAUGGUGAUGCCAUCAAUGUCAAGUUGCCAAAUGGUCAAAUUAAGAAGGUGUUCUUCUCUUCGAUUCGUCCACCACGUGAUACACGUGCCGUUGUCGGUGCCGAUGGUGAGGAAAUUAAGGCUCCACCACGCCCCAAGAACUUCAGACCUCUCUAUGAAAUUCCCUUCAUGUUUGAUGCCCGUGAAUUCUUGCGCAAGAAGUUGAUCAACAAGAAGGUUCAAUGCGUUUUGGACUACAUUUCACCUGCCCGUGAUAACUUCCCUGAAAAAUACUGCUACACCGUUUUGAUCAGUGGCCAAAAUGUUGCUGAAGCCAUGGUUGCCAAGGGCUUGGCCUCCGUUGUACGUUAUCGUCAAGACGAUGAUCAACGCUCAUCAUGCUACGAUCAAUUGUUUGCUGCCGAAAACCAGGCCAUCAAGGGUCAAAAGGGUAUGCACGGCAAGAAGGAUGCCGCCACCAUGCGCGUUAACGAUCUUACUGUUGACCAUUCCCGCAUUAAGAUUCAAUAUUUGCCUUCGUGGCAACGUGCCCUUAGGACAGAGGGUAUUGUUGAAUUUGUUGCCAGCGGUUCCCGCAUUCGUCUGUACAUCCCCAAGGACAGUUGUUUGGUCACAUUCUUGUUGGCUGGUAUCUCCUGCCCCCGUUCCUCACGUCCAGCUUUGAAUGGUGUUCCCGCCCAAGAGGGUGAACCCUUCGGUGAUGAAGCUUUGGCAUUUACCCGCGAUCGUAUUUUGCAACGUGACGUUUCUGUGCACAUCGAUACCACCGACAAGAACGGUACUUCCGUUAUUGGCUGGCUUUGGACCGACAACAACACCAACUUGUCCGUGGCUUUGGUUGAAGAAGGUUUGGCUGAAGUUCACUUCAGUGCUGAGAAAUCUGAAUACUACCGCCAAUUGAAGAGUGCCGAGGACCGUGCCAAGGCUGCCAAGAAGAACAUCUGGGCUAACUAUGUUGAACAAGUUGUAGAAGAGACUCCCGUCGUUGAAGAGAAGGAAGAAAAGGGACCCGUCGAACGUAAAGUCAACUUGGAAGACGUCAUUGUAACUGAAAUCACCGAAACCCCGACAUUCUAUGCUCAAUCCUGUGCCAGCGGUUCUAAAUUGGAUGCAUUGAUGGCCAAAUUGCAUUCUGAUUUCCAAUCGAAUCCCCCAAUUGCCGGUGCCUACACACCCAAACGUGGUGAUUUGUGUGCCGCCCAAUUCUCUGCCGACAAUCAAUGGUAUCGUGCCAAGGUCGAGCGUGUCCAAGACAACAAGGCCCAUGUUUUGUACAUUGAUUACGGCAACAAAGAGGUUGUUCCCUUCACCCGUUUGGCAUCUUUACCAUCUGGAUUCUCCAGCGAAAAACCAUUUGCUACCGAAUACGCUCUAGCUUUGGUUCAACUGCCUCAGGACAACGAAGACAAAGAGGAAGCAUUGCGUGCCUUCGCCGAAGAUGUACUGAAUCGUAAAGUACAGAUCAACAUUGAAUUGAAACCAUCUUCCGGUCCUGCCCUUGCUACCAUCCACGAUCCCACUACCAACAUUGAUAUUGGUAAACAAUUGGUAUCCGACGGUUUGGUAAUGGUGGAAAAACGUGGCGAACGCAAGUUGCGCGAAUUGAUUGACCAAUACAAAGCUGCCCAACAAGCUGCCUUGAAUGCUCAUUUGGCCAUCUGGAAAUACGGUGACAUUACUCAGGAUGAUGCGCCCGAAUUCAGCCGCUAAACACGCACCCGCCGCCCAGCCCGACGCUCUAAUGCUCUGGUGCGCAUUUAGCAAAAGUUGAAUGUUUGUCUGCCACAUACCCGCCCUUUAAAACAACAACAACAACAGUACACGAAAAACAAUAUAAAUCUUCAGUUAUAUUCAAAUUCAAAACAUCCCGUUCAACUCAGACGAAGCAAAAUCUUAAAGAAUAUAAAUAAAUAAUGGUAGAGGUCUAUAAAACAACAACAACAGCAACAAUAAUAAUAUUAUUACGGCAAGCUAAUAUAUUUAAUCGUGUUUAAAUAAAAUAAAUAACAAGCUUCCAAUACAUUAAGAAAAAUCUAACAACAACAACAAACAUGAACACCAACAAGAAAGUAAACUCAGCAAUCAAUCAACAACAAAAAGAAAACAACAACAUUUAAACGAUAAAUUCCUUUUUUUAUACAUAAAAAAUAUUAAACAAAGAAAAACAUAUUCUAAUGGUAGAUCUAUUACAAGGAACUAAACAAUUUUUCAAAUUAAAAAAAAAACAACAACAACAAAAUAUAUUAAUAAUAUAUACCGCUUUUCUCAAGUUAACUAUUAUUAAAAUAUAAAGAAAAAGAAAAAAACAAACAAAAAAUAAAAAACAGAACGACUUAAUUUUUCUGCUUCAAUUUUACUUUUGAGCCUUUUGUGAAAUACUUGUUAUGUAUUUUUCAUUCACUGCACUAUUCCCCAAAACAAACAAAGAAAAAACAAAACAACAUAAAAAUCACUGUUUUUUAUAUAUCGCCUUGCGUUUCUUCAUUUAUUUUUUCUAUUUUUUAGAGGAUUAUGAUGUUUGAUAAACAUUUUUUUAUUAAGAAGAAUUAUAAAUAUUUCAUAUAUAUUUUGUCAUUUUUUAAAAGAAAAUAAUUAUUUCAAGGAAAAUACACGAUGUAAUUAAAAAUAUUGAAAAAGAUA